UUUCAACAAAAAAAACCCAAAUUGAACACAAUUCCUCACAAUCAACAAACACAAGAUUAUAAAUUCCAUUUUCUCCCCUCUCCUUGCGUACCAAAGCCUCCCGUUUCCAUAAAUAAAAACCCUAAUUUCCUCCCUGAUCGCACACAUUCUUCACAGUUAGGAUUCAGGGUAAGGACGUAAGGUGAUGCUGAGAUUUUGAUGCUAUAUCAUCACAGGGAGGGUUACUUGAGCAUCAUGGACAUGGGGGAUAAACUUGUUGCUAAAGGAUUAUUUUCCCUCAUUCUCAACAACAUAGGAAGCGAAGAGCAUUGCUGUUCUGCUGUGAGUGCUAAAUCUGCAGCUAUGGGGAAUCACUAAGAUCUACAACCCUGACAUGAUGCUUGAAGAAGUCUAGAAGAGUUUUUGAAGUCUGGUGAUCUCCUUUGUAUUUUCUUUGAAGCAAUCUAACCAAAUCAUCAAGAAAGAUGAACAAGAAACCUUCAAAGAAUCAGGAUUCCAAGAAGACAUCCUCAAGUCCUAAAAGCCAGCAGCAAUCUUCAAGAAAACAAAACAGAAAAGGGGAAAACCCAAUUCGAAUUCCACCAAUCACAGAGCCAUGUUCCGAUUCCAGAUGCUCAAGCACAUGGAUCUGCAGAAACUCUGCCUGUAGGGCUACACUCUCCAUUGUCGACACCUUCUGCAAGCGUUGUUCAUGCUGCAUUUGCCAUUUAUUCGACGACAACAAAGACCCAAGUCUUUGGUUACAAUGCACAUCAGAAUCCGAUUCCCUUUCCGUUUCCCAAUCAGCAGAAUCAUGUGGCUUAUCUUGCCACAUCGAGUGCGCCCUCCAGCGUCGCAAGGUAGGCGUCGUUGACCUAGGUCAACUCAUGCAGCUCGACGGAAGUUAUUGUUGCGCUUCAUGUGGGAAGGUCUCAGGGAUACUUGGAUACUGGAAGAAGCAGCUCACGAUUGCUAAAGACGCCCGCCGUGUCGACAGCCUUUGCUACCGGAUUUAUUUAAGCUUCCGCCUCUUCGAUGGCACAUCAAGGUUUCACGAACUUCACGAAAUAGUCAAAGAAGCGAAGACCAAAUUGGAAACCGAGGUGGGCCCACUCAGCGGUGUCUCCGCCAAGAUGGCACGUGGCAUCGUAAGCAGACUCUCCGUCGCCGGUGAAGUCCAAUCACUCUGUAACACCGCCAUUCAGAAAGCCGAUGAAAUUUCCUCCACAGUUUCUCUCGCAGCCCUAGAUAUUAAAGAAGGUUCUCUCCCCGCUGCUUGCAAGUUCAUCUUCGAAGAAGUAACACCUUUUUCCGUAGUGCUCGUUUUAAUCGAACUAUCUACAGCUUCAUGUAGCGAUAUAAUCGGAUUCAAAUUAUGGUACUCCAAAACGGCAGAAGAAACACACACAAACACAAAAGAUCCCGUUUCAACUUUUCCUCGAUCUCAACGACGAAUCCUGAUUUCAAACUUACAGCCGUGCACCGAAUACUCGUUUAGGAUCGUGUCCUACACAGCAACCGGCGAUUUAGGACACUCGGAGGCCAAAUGUUUCACUAAAAGCGUGGAAAUCCUUCACAAAAACCCCGAUCGGGUUACGAUUCCUCGCGACGAAGGAACCUCCGGCACCAAAGACGUGGAAUCCGACUCCGGAUUUAAAGUCCGUGACCUCGGGAAAAUCCUCCGGUUAGCUUGGAUCGAAGAACGAGGCUAUCUAGACGAUAUAACCGGUUCGGAUCUGAGUCGACUCAGUCAGAUCAUGAAACCAGAAGCUUCAAAACCCGAUGAACCGCCGUCUGCUUCACGUGCGCUCGACUUGAACGUCGCUACAGUUCCCGAUUUGAACGAAGAGUUGGCUCCGGUGAACGAGUCGUCUAAUGCUGACGUGGAUCACGGUAGCGGCGGAUCUGAAAACUGGGCGCAUCCUCAUGGGGCCAAUGGGAAUGGGGAAGUGCCAACUGUGGAGUCGCGUGCUGACGUGUCUCGGAAGAGGCCAGGUAGGACAGAGGUGAAUGACUGCGAUACGAACAGUGCGAGUGCGUUGAUAAACAUGUCGCCGGGUGAUUUGGAUGGAAACUUUGAGUACUGUGUGAAGAUGAUUCGCUGGCUGGAAUGUGAAGGGUAUAUAAAGCAAGAGUUUAGGUUAAAACUGCUGACAUGGUUUAGUUUGAGGUCAACAGAACAGGAAAGGAGAGUGGUCAACACUUUUAUACAAACACUCAUGGAUGAUCCCAGUAGCUUAGCUGGACAGUUGGUUGAUUCGUUUGCUGAUAUUAUAAACAACAAGAGGCCUAGAAAUGGGUUUUGCAGUAAAUUGUGGCAUUAAGAGGGACAAACAAAGUUGUCAUUGGUGGAUCGUUUUAGCUCAUUUCUUGGUAUAUCCAUUUUUUCAAAUGCUAGAGCAGGAUACCCUCGUAAUUUCGUAGCAAUUUGAAUCAAUUUAUUAAGUUUAUUCGUCAUUUUACAAUUUACAUUUCGAAGGUAUUUGUUUCAUUAUGUAACCAACGUAUCUAGUCGGUUUUACCUUGUGUUAGUCACACAAGCAUUUAUGACUGCUUAAUUUCCUUACUAAAAUGCUUGGUUAAUUAAUUUA